ACGGUGCGCAUCGUCCGCCGCGGUGAGGCGCCCCCCGCGGGCGGCCGCGGGCCGGCGGCCCUCGCGGCGGCCGGCAAGGCAAGCGCCCGGGGGGGGGCCGGCCAGCGCGGACCCAGCGGCAGCCACCUGCCCCAGCUCAACGCCUACGUGCUGGAGAGGCUGCCCAAGGAUGAGGAUCCCAGCUUCGGAAACCUGUCGACCGCUCUCGUGUCGACAGCCACCCAUAAGGAUGACAAGCAGCUGAGGCAGCUGCAUGGUGCGAUCCUGCCCAAGCUCUCUGCCUAUGGGACCCUCCCCAACAUGGUGAUGCCCUCCCUUUUGAAGCUAGUGUCCACCACCGGGGAUGAGAAGAAGGAGCACCGCCGUCUGCUGCGGAUGCUGCUGUACUUCAUGCAGCUGUUGCUGGGGCCAGGCGAUGCUGGGACGCCUGCCGGGGGCAGUGGGGAUGCUGGCGAAGCUUCAAUCACCACGGGAAAGGCUGUGCUGGAUCUGAACAUGCUGCGACAGGCUUGGGACAUUUUGAAGGAUCCCCACGGCGAUCCUGCUGAGAGAAAGGCGAUGCUGAGAGCUCUGGCAGCUGCUGUGCGGGCUGUGCAGGUGUCCAGCUUAAAAGAGAAGCCACCCGUUGUGACCCAGCUAAUGGAGAUGCUGGUGAAACUGUUAAGCAAAGAUACUCAGGCUAACGCCAAGGCCAGAGGGGGCCUGUUCCGGCGACCAAGAGAAGGCCAGAAGGACGUGCACAAAGAGAAAGCCAUGCUGCAGGGCAUUGUGCUGAGCAGUGCAAGGGUUGCUCUGAAGGGUGUGGGCCAGCGCAAGAUGCUGCAGAGGUCAUAUGACUCCUUGUCAAGUGGGGACCCUGUCACUGUGAGGCACGCACUGGCCAUUGCAGCAGAGAUGGCGAUGAGCGACCCCCAGGAGUACACAAAGCGGGUGAAGCCGCUGCUGGAGGUCAACCUGAGCCUGUACGAACAAGCAGGGUACGUAUUCUCCGCUGAAGGAGCACCUUCAAAGGCCCCUGCUGGAGGAGCUGCAAAUGGGGAGUCUGGCCAGCUGAUAUUAAGUGACCCGUUUUCCAGAAUGUACCUUGCAAGGGGCUGUGGAGCUGUCGUGCACUCGGAGGGCAGCAAUCGAGAGCCGAAUGGCAGUGUGUUCUUGCGCGCCCUGGUGGCCAUGGCAGCUCGUGAUCCACUGGAGCUGGUGGGCAUGGAGGCAGUGAAGGCACUUGCAGGCGCUCAUCCUCCUGAGGCAAUGGACCCAUCUCCUGCCACAGCUCACAAGCACAACAGGGGAAAGCGCUUCACCGUGGACAGCAGCGCAGCUUCAAGGGACAAGUCAAUUCGAAUGGCCGCCUGGUCGCUGCUUGUCAACCACAGGGUUCCUGGCUGGCCCCCCUGGAAGGGCCUGCCCGUUGAGGCUAAUGAUGGGCUCCUCAUCUCUGAGGUGGUCCUGAGGCUGAGGCGAUGCCUUGGGUCGGAAUCCAAAGUUACGGUGUGCGGAGCAUGCAGGGCAGCAGCUGAGGUUGCCAAGGCCCGUGCCCUAGCCCUUUCGUUGAAGGGCAAGGCCAAGCGAGGCCGCGUGGAAAGGAAGCCAAGGAACGACUUGAUGUACCGCCUAAGGGAGGACUUGGUGCAGCUUGCCACAGGAUCACGCACUGCCACUGAGCAGCACCUGGCAGUGGUGCCCCUGAUUUGGUUGCAAGGCCCAGAGGGAGGCCCACUGACACCACAGCUGCUGUCCAGCAUUGUUGGGUCUGUUGAGGGCUGGACAGAAGACCUCCUCAGCAUGUUGCUGAACCACUUGUUCCAGCGCUUGUACGCAGAGCCAUCCAUGGCCAACUAUGUGCUAGAAUGUGUCAGUGCUGUCGCUACCGGCUGCCCAAGUGGCCUUCGACCAGAGGAGCUCUGUGACUUUUGGUCGGCAUUGGCAUAUGAGCAGGCGGACAAGGUGCUGGUGCUGAAGGCUGCGCUGCAGUUCCUGCAGGCGCGCUCUCCUGCUCGGACCAGGGCACCAUCUGGCUCAAAUCUUGCGACCAUGGCCAAAGCAGCUGAGGAAGCUGCAGCGUGGCAGCAGUUGCAGAGGAUCGCAACCUGGUGGGUCGGGGAGGCUGCGAACUUUGUUGCUGCAGAGUAUGCAUGGGAGGCCAAGGGUCCCACAGUCAGCCCUGAGGGGCUGAGCCACCCCGAAGUGCUGGGAUCGGAGUGCACGCGCAGUCCCCUGCUCUUCACCGUGGUGUCCCACCUCCAGCACGCGCUGUUCAGCGCCCCCUGGGACGUGCGCAUGGCCGCCUGCAAGGCAUUGGCCACCAUCGCCUUCAGGUCCGGCGAGCCCUACCGCAUCCAGACAUACCGCAUAUUGAAGGAGGCCGUCUCCAGCGGCGGUGGGGCCGAUCCGCUGGGCCUGGAGGCCGAAGCCAAGCCGCUGCUGAGCCUGCUGGACGAGCUGUACUCGGGCCAGAUGGUGCUGGAGGGAUGCCUGAAACGCUGGGGGGGCAACUUGGCCGAGUGGCCGGAGGACGCCCAGGAGUCCCUGAGGCGAAGAGACGAGGCCCUGCAAGAGAAGGUCAAGUGGCGGUGCACGGUGACGGCGGACGGCUACUCCGCCCUGGGCCCCAUCAGCAGGAAGCUGCUGAUGGGUGAGGAGGUGGAGCUUGCCCUUCCGCAGCAGGCCGCCGACCAGCCCCCCCCGGAGGAGGCUGAAUGGAAUCACGCCGACGAUGGGCAGCAGGAGCAGCGGGAGGCUUACGGCCCGACAGACAACGGCACGGAUGGGCAAUGGGGUAUGGCGGAUGGGCAUUGGGACGGAAAUCGGGGCCAGACGGGCACGACCCAGGAUCACGAGGAGGAGCCGUCCAGCUCGAGCGGCGGCUGGGACAGGGCGAGCGAGAGCGAGGAGGAGAGCGAGCCCGUCGCACAGGCUCCGAUCGGCGGCCUGCCGCUGCCACCCAACUUCCGGGUGGGCGGGGAUUCGGACAGCCGGUCUGAGAGUAGCGACCUCGACGUGCCGGAGUCUCGCCCGCUGACAAACGUGCCGUGGGCGCCCGAGCGGACGCAAUCUGGGGAUGAGAUCGAGAACGGGGAUGCGGAGGCCUUGGAGGGCGAGGAGGAAGCGGGCAGUGACCGCAGCGACACGGAUCCGUUCGGGAUCAGGGCCAAGGAGAAGGAGGGGGCGUCGAGUUCGGAUCAGCAGGAGGAGGCGGGCAGCUCGGUGUCGGACGUGGACGAGGGCGACUAUCCGGGUCAGGGGGAGACCGGCGGGGGAGGGGACACGGUGGUGGUGCAGGGGGAGACCAUGGAGUCGUCGUUCGGGUUUGAGGAAGGACUGGCCUAUCCGGGCGAGGACUCGGGGUACCAGGAGAGCGGUGCACCAGCACCGGCGGCAGAACCGGAACCCUACACCCCUGCAGGCACUCACAUGGCGUCAGUUAUGUUCGACUUUGUUGCGGAGAUGGAGGGAGAGCUGACGGUGCUGAAUGGCGACCAGAUAGAAGUGCUGGCGGAGAAGGAGGGGUGGUACCUGGCCAGGAAGGGCUCGAACGAAGGGUUGGUUCCAUGCUCUUAUGUAGAAGCUCAGUUUGACGUCUCUACUCUGUAG